GCCGGCCUCUGAUCAGUCGGCUUCCUCCAGGAAGCCUGCCUGUGUUGAAAGAGACCACAUACAAUAUAGAGGGCACGCAACAUGGCAGAAAACCGAGAGCACCGUGGGGCCGUGGAGGCUGAGCUGGAUCCGGUGGAAUACACCCUUCGGAAGCGGCUGCCCCACCGCCUGCCCCGGAGGCCCAAUGACAUUUAUGUCAACAUGAAGACUGACUUUAAGGCCCAGCUGGCCCGUUGCCAGAAGCUGCUGGACGGAGGAGCGCGGGGUCAGAAGGCAUGCACCGAGAUCUACAUACAUGGCUUGGGCCUGGCCAUCAGUCGCGCAAUCAACAUUGCCCUACAGCUGCAGGCGGGCAGCUUUGGGUCCUUGCAGGUGGCUGCCAAUACCUCCACAGUGGAACUUGUUGAUGAACUGGAACCAGAGACUGAUACACGAGAGCCGCUGACCCGCAUCAGAAACAACUCGGCCAUCCACAUCCGAGUUUUCAGGGUCACACCGAAGUAAUUAAAAUGAGUCUGGCUCACCUUAUACAGCCACUCUCAGCUAGGGUCAGGUAUGACUCUCCUUGUACUGAAUACUGUCAUGGACCUCCUGCCAGAGCCAUAUAAGGAAAAUCCUGUCAUCUCAUAUUCCAAAGGACUCUGAAUUGAGAGAGGAAGAGUGUCUCUUGUUGGGCCCAAGCAGUAGGUCUUCCUGAAUCUUUGUGGUCUGUAACCAACCAUUUUCCUAGGCAAUAAAAAGUAUUGAGUCAUGUUAAUAUGCAUCCA